UAAUAAAUGCUCUACAUUGUACCUACUUUAAUUCAUUCUUCUUUAUAAAACUUUGUAAAAAGCUGAAAUCCCGCCGUUUGCAAAAAUUCGGUUUUAAAGUUUGGGUUAUUUUUCCAGUAUUGUACUAACUCGAAAGGAGAUUAAAAUAAAAUACAAUAUUUUAUUUAUUUAAUGUAUAUUAUUGUAUUUGCCUCCAAACAUGACGGAUAUUAAUAUUGAGGAGCUGCGAGACCUAGUAUCUGAUGCAGUUAAAGUUGUAGAAUUCAAAUUAGUCAGAACCAGAGAUGACGUCAAUGAUCCGACCUUAAACUUUCACCCUGAAAUGGCUCACCAGAUUUUUGGGGAAAAUGAAAAUAUUUUUGGUUAUAAAGAUUUGAAAAUUACUAUUAUGUACACUGCUGGCUCAAUGCAAAUUUACAUUGGUAUGGUUUAUAUCAGUCGAGUGGAAGACCAAGUUGGUAGCAAAGGUUUAAAAUCUGAUGAUGUUAUGAAUAUUUUAGCAUCAAAAUUGCCGGAUGGAUGUUAUUACAUUAAUUUAGAAGAAUUCUUAAAAGCUGCAGAUAGUGAAAACUUUCGCCCUUUUGGUGAGAAACUUGAUGAGCUUACCUAUGAAGAUGAGGAGACGGGACAAAAAAGACAUUUUGAAAUAUACCAUUGCGACAACACAGCUUCAAAAUUUGUUUCGUAUUUUAAUCGUUUUCAAACUUUCAUUUUGUGGUUUGUGGACGCUGCACAAUAUAUAGAUGUAGAUGAUCCGCAAUGGACGUUUUUUAUAUGCUACGAAAAAUAUAAAAGUUCGGAUGGCGAUGUAAAAUAUGCAUCAGUUGGUUACACUACAGUUUAUCAAUAUUACGCAUAUCCAGAGCAUAUUAGACCAAGAAUAAGUCAAAUGUUGAUCCUUCCACCAUUUCAGAAAAAAGGCUUAGGAACUAAAAUGUUUAACACUAUUUAUAAAUUUUAUGAAGGGGAAAAAAAUGUUAUUGAUAUUACUGUAGAAGAUCCAUCGGAAGAUUUUACCAGAAUACGGAAUUAUAUUGAUUCAAAAUUAUGCAAAGAUUUGAAUUCAUUUUCGAAAGAAGAAAUUAAAAAAGGAUUCUCAAAAGAAAUGAUUAAGGAAGCUAGAGAGAAACAUAAAAUAAAUCCGCGUCAAUGCAGAAAAAUUUAUGAAAUUUUAAGAUACUAUCAUACAAAUAUAUACGAUCCAAAAGAUUUGAGAAGUUUUCGUUUAGAGGUUAAAAGGAGAUUAAAUAUAAUACAUCACAAACAGUUACGCGAUAUAAAAAGAAUGGAAAAAGCUGGUCUAGAUACGCAGUGGAUCACGGCAAGUAUGCCUACAAGAGAAGAACGCUUGUCUCAAUUAGAAAAAGAAUAUGAAGAUGUUGAAACUGAAUACAAAAAGAUUGUUGAGAAGCUUAAAAAUUAAAAAAAAAUUUCAAAUAAAGUUUGUUACAUACCAAUAUUUAUUAUAAUGGAAAUACCAUUGUUUUCAAAUAGAUUUGAUUAGAAAAGGAUACAUCGAUCGUCUCUAUAAAAUAUGUGGUAAAACUACAAUAUGAAACUUUUAAAUUUUGCGAACAGUUUAACAACAUCAAGAUAACAGUUUCAGUAUAACAAUAUGUAUUUAAUAAUUAUUUUUUCUUUUCAUAUUUCCAUUCAAUAUUUCCCGAUUGCAUAGUUCUAGGGGUUAAUGUCUUUUUCAAUAUUUUAACUAGAAAAAAGAAGUAAAAAAUUUAAAAAGUAUUUACAUAAAAAUGUAGACUAGAAUAAGUUUUUAAAGCUUAAAAUAAUGCUAAAGUAAGGCAUAAAAAUGGCUUCAAUAACUUAGAUCGUCAUAAGCUUAAACAUUUCCGCAAAAAGGUUUUUUUUUUAACAUUGAUUAACAUACGUUGGAUGAUAUUGAAAAGCAAUGGUU